AUGGGGUCACGUGUAGGGGGACUCAAUACAGCCGGUCUUCCCGCAGAUAAAGCUCUAGCAGGAGUACCAAGACUACUAGAUGAUCUUCAACGACUAUGCGAAGACACAGAUUCUGCUGACAUCGUAUUCCUUUUGGGUAGAGAUGAGGAAAGAGUGUAUGCUCACCGUGUGAUUCUAAUGGCCAGAUGCAAAAGCUUUCAAACAGCUAAAAGAGGAGAAGUUUGUAGAAUACCUGGAUGUACUGUGUCGCCUGCUGCACCAGGUACUCCAACGCCUAUCAGAUUGCCUCAAUUUCCUCCAGAGACCUUCAAACAAUUUCUGCUAUAUGUUUAUACAGGAAAGAUUUUGCUACAAGACAGUGGGGUAUUUGAAAUGAUGGCUCUAGCCCAAGAACUAGGAGUGGACGAAUUGAGAAAUGCCUGCGAGGAUCACGUCACUGCUACACUCUCGGUGCCUUCUGCCUGUACGUUUUUGUCCACAGCUAUGGAUAUACAGGAUAGAUCCACUGGUGGUAAAGCAACAGCAGGAUUUAUAGAACGCUGCGUAUCAUACAUAGGAGAAAAUGCUAUGGAGUGUUCCAGGACCAACUCCUUCCUGAAUCUACCAAAAGAGGCCCUAAUAAAACUGGUUUCUUCAGAUUAUCUCUGCCUAGAAGAAGAAGAUGUUUGGAGGGCCGUUUUGAAUUGGGCCAAAUACCAAGUUGGUGUAACCCAACCUACCCUUCACUGGACUGAUGAGGAAAGGGCUAGAGUGUGCCAGCAAUUAUCUUAUGUAAUUAAUCAUGUUCGUUUGCUUUUAAUAGAUUCUCAAGUGUUUGCUGAAGAAGUAGAACCCACAGGUGCAGUACCAAUGGAGCUGAGCUUGGAAAGAUACCGUCAUGCAGCUCUGCCUAGCAAAUAUCCAGACACAACUGAAGAUCAAAGAUUGAAGCCCAGAGUUUCACCGCAUCUAUAUCCAGGCUCUUUGAUAAUAGGCCAAGACAAGAGCCAUUAUCAAAGAGUGCUAAAUGCAUGGUUUGGCCAUCCCAAACAAACCUGGCGAUUAGUUUAUAGGGCAAGCAGUCAUGGGUAUUCAGCUUCAUCUUUUCAUAGACAUUGUGACGGAAUAUCGCCAGUUUAUGGUGCAAGAGGUGAAAUUUGUGGAGGCUUUAGCGAUGCUGCAUGGGCAAGACCACCUGGCAAAAGCCGCUACAUAGCUGCUGAAAAAGCUUUUCUUUUUACUUUGUACAAUCAUCAAGAUUUACCUCCAAGUCAGUUUCACUUAGUGAAAAAGCCUUUUGCCAUAUGCUAUCAUCCAGAUUCUGGGCCAAUAUUUGGUGCCGGAGCUGACUUGUUAAUUUCAAGCCACUGCAAUAGCAACAUGGACAGCUAUUCAAACUUGCCCCACACCUAUGACGGAGAUGGAGCCUCAUCUUCAAUACUAAUGGGAGAUUACAAUUUUGCUGUAGCAGACUAUGAAGUUUUUACUCCAGUAAAUUGUCCAACAAAGUUUCCCAAAGCAGAGAGGUAUCAGUAGACUUCAAGAAAA